AUGCUAUGCAGAGAGGUGGAGCUUCUCAACCCUUUUCAGCAUCGGGACAGAACUAAGGAAAGAGGAAAGGUGUGGGAGCAGGUUGCCCAAAAUCUUGGUAAACAUGGACUUGCCGUAAGCAAACGGAUCAAAGGUGAAAAGGACGCUGAUCCAUCGAGGAAAAGGAGAAACACUGGUAGCGAUGUCCAUGAAUUCCUGCUCAAGAAGCUCGAGCUUGAAAAGGAAGCCAGGGAGCAGGACUACAAAUUCAGAAGAGAGGAGGCAGAAAGAAAGAGACUGGAUGAUGAGAGAAGAUUGGAGAGGGAGGAACGACAAGAAGAGAGACGACGUGAGCGUGAAGAACGAGAGGAAAGACGAGAGGAAGAAAGAAGGAGACAGGAGGAGGAAACAAAGAGAUCAACAAGCCAGAGAGAGACAGAUGGAGUUAUUUCAACAGCAACUGAUGAAAAAAAUCAGAUGAUUAUGUUGAUGCUAGAAAAACAGAAGAAAGAGUAA